AUGGAGAUAACCCAAGUAAACCUCAAUCAUUGCGACACUGCUCAGCAACUGUUGUGGCAGUCUACAACGGAAUCUAACUGUGAUGUCGCAAUCAUUGCAGAGCCGUAUCGAGUUCCUCACGAUAACGGUAAUUGGGUAACGGAUAAAGAACGGAUAGCUGCGAUACAAGUUAUGGGCCGAUAUCCCAUACAGGAAGUAGUCGAUAGCUCACACGAGGGAUUCGUAAUCGUCAAAAUCAAUGGUAUCUUUGUAUGUAGUUGCUACGCACCGCCAAGGUGGCCUAUAGAGCGGUUUAACCAGAUGCUGGAUGUGCUCACCGACACGCUAAUCGGCCGAAAUCCAGUAGUUAUCGCAGGAGAUUUCAAUGCCUGGGCAGUAGAGUGGGGCAGUAGGCUAACCAACGAAAGAGGCUACAGUUUGCUGGAGGCUUUAGCAAAGCUGGAAGUUAGACUGUGUAACGAAGGGAACGUUAGCACAUUCCGCAAAGACGGUCGGGAAUCCAUAAUCGAUAUCACGUUCUGUAGCUUGUGUCUGAUGGGAGAUAUGAACUGGAGAGUUAGUGAGGAUUACACUCACAGUGAUCACCAGGCCAUCCAGUACAGCGUCGGCCAGAGAAACCCCACGUCGAUACAUAGGAUGAGAUCUUGCGAGAGGAUGUGGAAAACGCAGUACUUUGACAAGGACCUUCUAGUCGAAUCACUUCGUGCGGCAAGUGGUAAUCUAAACCUUAAUGCAGAUCAGUUAACAGAAACUGUAGCGAGGGCAUGUGAUGCAUCAAUGCCGAGAAGAUUGGAACCACGCAAUAGGCGACGUCCGGCUUACUGGUGGAACGAGUCACUCAGGGAUCUUCGUUCUGCUUGUUUAAGGGCAAGAAGACGCGUUACAAGAUCGCGAACAGAAGAGGAUAGAGAACAGAAUAAGGUAGUAUUUCGUGCGGCUAGGGCAGCAUUGAACCGCGAGAUCAAGUUGAGCAAGUUGAACUGCUACAAGGAGUUGUGCCGCGAAGCCGAUGCCAAUCCGUGGGGCUACGCUUAUCGGACGAUAAUGGCAAAGACCAAAGGACCAACAACGCCAGUUGAAAUGUGCCCGGAGAGGCUAAAGAUAAUAGUGGACGGUCUCUUCCCGCAUCACAGCCCAACGCUGUGGCCAUCAACUCCGUACGAUGAUGAAGACGACGCUGUUGAUGCUACGGUCUCCAGCGAAGAGCUUGAAGUUGUCGCGAAAGCUCUGAAGGUUAAAAGCUCCUGGUCCGGACGGAAUUCCCAAUGUAGCAUUGAGGACUGCUCUACUGGCGUUCCCGGACAUGUUUAG